CGUUAGGUUAAAUAAGGAAACAAAUCGACUGAUCUGCAGCUACCAAUAUGGCUGAUAUCAAACCGCCCUUUACGGAAGAAACGGCUAAGAAGAAGGUGAAAGCCGCCCAGGAUCUAUGGAAUACACAAGACCCCUGUCGUAUCGCACAAGCCUACACACCCACCAGCAUCUGGCGCAACCGCACCUCAUUCCUCGCCGGAACAGACGAGAUCACCGCCUUCCUAACAGCUAAAUGGAAGCGCGAGCGCAGCUACAGACUUCGCAAGGAGCUGUUCUCCUUCAACGAUGACCGCAUCGCGGUGCAGUUCUGGUAUGAGUAUCAAGAUGCCGAGGAUGGAAUGCGGUGGAAGAGGUGUUAUGGGCUUGAGGACUGGACGUUUGAGAGGCAGACGGGGAAGAUGCGGAAGAGGAUGAUGAGUGGGAAUGAUGUGCUAAUUGGGGUGGAUGGGGAUGGGGAGGGGAGGUGGUUUGUUGAUGGGGUUGAUGUUGAGGAUGUGGGGAUUGGGGAGGAGCAUUGGUGAGGGGGUACAAGGGUUGCGGCUACGUGCAGAGAGUGUAGUGUGUGCUUCUUUGGAAGCGAGGUUAUCGUGGUUAAAGAUGGUCUUGCACGUUGUUGCCUUGGCUAGCAUGCAGCCUAGACAUGCUAUGCAGGUACACCUGGGCUGACGCUGUGGGUGUUCGAUCAAGUAUGGGCCAUCUGUGAGGAUACCUAAAAUUUCUUGAUCCUAAGCUUCAAUCAGUGCAGAAGAACCAAACAAAUAAGCCAAACAGAAAUGGCAAAACCAAAACACACGAG